AACCAAAAAAGGUGAUAUUGAUCCAGAUGACACCAUGAAGAAAAGUUGGGGAAGCACCGAACUAAGAGGUCCAUGGGGUUGAAACAAUGUUGUGGUGGCGAUGCCUUCUUUUUACAUACCCUUCCUCCUUUACCUUCUCUGCCAAAAGUGAUCUCGCUAUGUCGGGUAUAUCCAAUCCUCGAACGGCGCAACCACACCUCCCCACGGGGAACAGCUUGGUGUUACGGUGUGCGUGUGCUACUCUUGCCAUUCCUGUCUUUGAUCAUUCACCUUUCUCUGGACCCAGCAAGCAGGAAACUACGAAACGAAACGAGAACGGUGUAACCGGGCAGAAGUGCAACCUUGCCAUGACUUAUUUUGUCCGAGUCGGGUUGUGGUUGGUGACACCAGAUGGGGAAAGAAACAGUGACACACUGGCUCGGGACGAUUUGAGGGAUCGUGCAAUUGGAGUUGGAAUGGGAAUACAGGAAACACGAGGGAGCCUGCUUGCUGGGGAACACGAGAGCGAUAUUCUUAGAUGUGCUCUUUUGGACUAACAUCUCACAGAGCAAAGGUACGGUGUAAGGCGAUGUUGGUGUCACUGGAUUGAGAACCAAUGGAUGAUUCCCAGUUGAAUUGCUGAUGCCUUGUAGGGAUCGAUGAACAUGGAGCUGAAUUUGGCGCGCAAGGCAGUCAUUAUUCGAUUCCGUUACAUACGUACGUACCACGGCAGGUACCAAUCGAUUGGUACGGUACGUCCCUUCCAAACAGGCAUU